AGUCUCCGCUAUAACUAGUUAGACAGCUGCUAAGUAGUGUUAACCGGCAUCCUUCAAAGCUUUUAUGCUCUCCUGGCAGGCUGGCACGCGCUUCAUUCAAUUCCCCUGUUCCCAUUCCUAGUGCUUCUCUCUCUAUUUACCAUAUAAAGAGAGAGAGAGAGAGAGUAACUGGAUCAAAUAAAAAAAAGCUAGUAUUUUGAUAACUGUGAGAGUUUAUGUCAGGAUUCGGGAUUCUAAUGGUUGUAGACAGCUCCUACGCUUUGUGAGAGAGAGAGAGAGUGUGUGCGUGUGUGUCUGCAUUUGUCGGAAAAAAACAUAGAUCUAGAUCCGGCUGCGAGGAGCUCUAGAUCCCGAAUACGGUUUCUUUGAUUCUCGGUCUCAGUGCAAAGUCUUGUGAAAGAUCAUUUUUUUUUUUUAAUCCAGUAGCCAUGUCAAGGAGGCCAGUGAACCCCUCUAGGCGCAUUGCAGACAAUGGCAGUGCUCCAUUUGCAAACUCAUUGCAUCAGAAAUCACGCUCUUCACCCCUACUAUCGGUUGGGUUGGUCGUUGUGGGUGCACUCCUUCUUAUUGGAUAUUCUUAUAGUCACUCAGGUGGAUUUGGUGGCAAUAUAGAAGCUGUUAGUAAGAUGGAAGGUGACUACUCGUGCACGUCAGAGGUCCAGAGAGCCAUACCUAUGCUGAGUAAAGCAUAUGGUGACAGCAUGCAUAAAGUUUUGCAUGUAGGCCCUGAUACUUGUUCUGUAAUCUCUAAAUUGUUAAAAGAAGAGGAUACUGAAGCCUGGGGUGUGGAACCAUAUGACUUAGAAGAUCCUGACAGUACCUGCAAGAGUCUUGUGCGGAAGGGCAUUGUGCGUGUGGCUGAUAUCAAGUUUUCCCUCCCCUACAGGGCAAAAUCCUUUUCUCUUGUUAUUGUAUCAGAUGCACUGGAUUACUUGUCUCCGAGGUACCUUAACAAGACUCUUCCAGAUCUGGCAAGGAUGGCUGUGGACGGUCUUGUUAUUUUUGCUGGUUAUCCAGGUCAACAAAGAGCUAAAGGUGCAGAGCUCUCCAAAUUUGGAAGACCAGCAAAAUUACGGAGCUCGUCUUGGUGGAUACGGUAUUUUGUUCAGACUGGACUGGAAGAAAAUGAAACUGCCAUCAAGAAGUUUGAGCAGGCUGCUGCUAAAAGGUCAUACAAACCAAGCUGCCAGGUAUUCCACCUUAGUGCAUACCGCUGAAAUCUCAACAUAAUGUCUCCACCACCGUGGUUGGAGAUUCUUGGUAGAACUAAAACAAAGGAGUUUUCACCCUUAGCUCUGAAUUGAAGGGACAUCCUCCUGCUGGUAAAUCAAGAUGGGUGGGUGUGACCAUUUCUGAUCACUUUAUUUUGUCUUCAUAAGGUGAUAGAUAUUUAUUUAUUGAAAUUUUCAUGAGCUUCAGCAUUCUAUAAGAUGUAUUUGCUAAGUUAGGUUUUCCCAUUUGUCUGUUGUAACUGCAAAGACUGUUUUCAUUCAUUGUAUGAUUUUGCCAAGACUUAAAGUUAUAUUUUACGAGAAAAGUUUAGUUUCAA